AUGUCCUACGCCAUCGAGUCAAAGAAGAGGAAAUUUCAUCGAGUGCUUGAAUCGAUCUCAAAACCUCUUAAUCCUACCCUCGAUAAUACAUCCAAGCCAUCGAAGAGAACGGCGAUUGCGACGACCAUCCAUGAUACUCAAGCUCCUCUGAACCCUUCCAUCAAGAAAGUUCGCAUCAAUGGCCAAGAAGAUUCUGAUGCAACUUUGGUGCGCAACUCAGCUCUGAAGCAAUCCGGGUCUCUACAUCGUACAACCUCCACAUCAUCUUCCAAGCGCCCAACCUUUGUCCCUUGGAGCCGCGAAGCAUUCCUCGAACGGCUCGAGACUUUCCGCCGGGUCGAUCGGUGGACUCCAAAACCGUCGCCAAUCAACGAAGUACAAUGGGCAAAACAUGGUUGGAUUUGUACUGAUGUUAUGCGCGUGAGCUGUGUGAGCGGUUGUGGUGGCUCAGUCGUCGUUAAACUACCGGAUGAAAUCGACGAGCUUGAUGGAUACGAUGCGGAGAAGGUCCAAGAGCGCAAGGAAGUUCGCGCCAAGCUAGUUGAAGAGUACAUGAAGCGAUUAUAUACGGAACAUCAGGACAAUUGCCCAUGGCGGAAUAAAGCUUGCGACGCCACUAUCCAACAUUUGUCUUUGGCAAAUCCCGAAAACGCGAUCGCUGGUUUACGUGAUCGAUAUGUGAACCUCCUAGAGCUGGGCGAUAAGCUUCCAGCGGAUGGAGCCAUACGAACUCCAGAGGGGCUUGAUAUUGAUGAAUAUGCGAAGAUCUUGCCCGAAACCUGGCUAAAGGCACCUGGCGAAGUUUCCAAUGAUUCAAAUUUACAAGAUACCGCUAUCCAUAAUGACAAUCAGGAUUCCGAACAGCCACGAGCCGAUUCCUCAACAAAUAUCAACCCGGUGGCCCUGGCUUUGGCUAUUUUUGGCUGGACGGUGGCCGACACAGGAGCUGGUCUUGUUGGUUGUAAAGCAUGCUUUCGUCGUCUGGGCUUGUGGAUGUAUAAGCCGAAGGAGAAUGGGGAUGUCACGGUUUACUCGACCCUGGAUGUGGUCACUGAGCACAUGGAGUACUGUCCGUGGAUUGAUAGGGUAGCGCAGAGUGGGACUGGAAAAGCCCAUGAAAAAGAGAAGGACUUGUUGGCUGGAUGGGAGGUCGUUCUCCAAGCCGUCAAAGUAAAACAUCGACGACGUUUACGGUCCACAACAUCCACGGACACCCUCCAUAGCCGCCUUGGAACUCCACUUGAAGAUACACUUCCUGACGCACCUGAUGAUGAGAGCAAGAAAACCGCUGACCGUGAAUGGUGGGCCAAAAUUCGGCGGAUGCGACAAGUGCUGAGUUCUAAAUCUCCUCGACGCAAGUCAGUGCUCCCUCAGUGA